AUGCAACCCGAACCACCAUUCAACAUGCUCAUAGUAGGAAUGACAGGAAGUGGUAAAACUCAGUUCUUACUUAAUAUGUUAGAAACAGAGUACAAUAAAGUUUUCGAUUAUAUUGUGAUUAUAUGUCCAACAAUAGAAUGGAAUAUGACUUACAUUAAUUGGGCUCAUAUUAGUGAUCAUGGAGUCAUACAAAUUCCAUGUUCACAAGAAAUGAUUAAUAUAGUUCUCAAGGCAGUGUCCACCAUAUUCCGCGGUACUCAGACUCUCAUUAUAGUGGAUGAUUGUGCUGCGAGUCAAGAUGUAAAGAAAAGAGUCUCAGAACUGGUGCGCCUAGCAUUCUCCGCAAGACAUUACAAUAUAUCAGUCAUUGUAAUUACUCAACAACUAUCAUCAAUAGCAAAACCAUUUAGGGAGAACAUUUCCAGGUUAGUUACAUUUUACAACCCUAGUCGCAGAGAUAUGAAGGUCAUAACAGAUGAUUACCUAAGUGGUGUCCCUCAGGAGACAAUUACAGAGAUUACGAAAAUACUAAAAGAUGAGAAGUUCACCGCAUUAGACAUACUACUUAUUCACCCUUACACAUACACUAUCAAAUAA